CACUUCCGGCCGCCGUCCUGAGCGGCACUUCCGGGGGGCGAAGCGGGGCGGAAGCGCCGCUGCCCCCAGUUCUGCGAUGAGCCACCCCUGCCAUGGUGAAGAGCUGCUCGGCCAUCGGCUGCGCUUCUAGAUGUUUGCCGAAUUCCAAGUUGCGAGGACUGACGUUUCACGUAUUCCCCACUGAUGAGGAGACCAAAAGAAGGUGGGUGUUGGCCACGAAAAGACUCGAUGUGAACUCUGCAGGUAUGUGGGAGCCUAAGAAAGCAGAUGUGUUAUGUUCGCGCCACUUUAAGAAGUCAGACUUCGACACAAGAGGUCCCAACAUCAGGCUCAAACCUGGAGUCAUCCCUUCCAUUUUUGAAUUUCCUUCUGACUUCCAGCAGAGACGAGGAAAAGUUCAUGGCAGACGAAACUCCCCACUGAAAACACUGCCGGUAACAGUUCAUAACCACCAGCUUGUGGAUUCGCCUUCCAAUACAGGAGAAUUACAUUCCCAAUUCAUCUUGGAGCACAGUUACAGCAUACUGGACAGUCCAAAGAAACUGAAGUGUAAAUUAGAUCAGGUAAUCAGUGAGCUCGAAGAGGCCAAGGAACAUCUGAGGAACACUUUAGACAGAGAACGACAACGCAGAGAAUCACUGAGGACAGCGAUCCAGGAGCUGGAAAACAAUUGUCUAAUCAGCCCCGAAACAGCCUGUAAGCUGGAUGUUUACUGCUGGGAGUGGUCUGAGGCGAGCACACAGGAGAAGACUCAACUGAAGUAACGGCAGCAGGAAUAACUGCAAAGUCUCCUCAGGUUCAGCAUUCAGAAGUGGGAUGUUUUAAGUUGGCCAUCAGCACUCAAUGAACAGGACCAAACAGAUCUUUGGAGAAGCAGUUUCUCUAAAGAUACCAUCUGGGCAAGCUCCUUGCGCCUGGGACAUAGCUCCCUUGUGUAACAAGGUGUCUUGGUCUCUGAGGGCUGAGGUAGUGGUCAGGAGUGCGAGCUACAAAAGACAAAAUAUAAAUUUAAACAAUCAUUGCACUAGCAGGAUGAGGCACCUCCAGCUUAGAUUUCAUAACGCAGAACCUUAAUGAGGCCCUAAGAGUACAAAUCAGGACUAAAACAGUGCACAGGAGACUUGGAGUUGGAGAGGGUGGGGGAGUUUCGUGAGCAGGCUUUGGAGAUAAGUUCAACAUCCCCUAUUUGUAUGAGUAAGAGAAAGUGCUGGAAGAUGAUAAGUGAUCUUGGCAGUAGCUAUGAGGAGCUGUUCACCAGGGGAAAGACUAGGAGAAGAAAAAGGAGCUUCUUCAGAAUCGUGACCCAUCGUGGACUGGAUUUAAAUGAAAUUUUCUAAUGUCUGGACUAGGGCUAUCAAGCGAUUAAAAAAAUUAAUCAAUCACACAAUCACGCUGUUAACAAUAGAAUACCAUUUAUUUUAAAUAUUUUGGAUGUUUUCUACAUUUUCAAAUGUAUUGAUUUCAAUUACAGCACUGAAUACAAAGUGUACAGUGCUUAUUUUAUAUGUAUUUUGGAUUACAAAUAUUUGCACUGUAAAAAAACAAAAGAAAUAGUAUUUUUCACUUCACCCAAUACAAGUAUUAUAGUGCAAUCUUUUUAUCAUGAAAUUUGAACUGACAAAUAUAGAAUUAUGUAAAAAAAUACCCCAUACCCUGAAUUCAAAAAUAAAACAAUGUAAAAUUUUAGAGCCUAUAAGUCCACGCAGUCCUACUUAUUGUUCAGCCAAUCGCUCAGACAAACAAGUCUGUUUACAUUUGCAGGAGAUAACGCUGCCUGCUUCAUGCGCUAAAGAUUCAUAUGUCCCUUCAUGCUUCAGCCACCGUUCCAGAGGACGUGCAUCCAUGCUGAUGAUGGGUUCUGCUCGAUAACGAUCCAAAGCGGUGCGGACUGACGCAUGUUCAUUUUCAUCAUCUGAGUCAGAUGCCACUAGCAGAAGGUUGACUUUCUUUUUUGGUGGUUCGGGCUCUGUAGUUUCCACAUUGGAGUGUUGCUCUUUUAAGACAUCUGAAAGCAACCUCCACAACUCAUCUCUCUCAGAUUUUGGAAGGCACUUCAGAUUCUUAAACCUUGGGUCGAGUGCUGUAGCUAUCUUUAGAAAUCUCACAUUGGUAUCUUCUUUGCGUUUUGUCAAAUCUGCAGCGAAAUUGUUCUUAAAAUGACUAUGUGCUGAGUCAUCAUCCAAGACUGCUAUAACACGAAAUAUAGGGCAGAAUUCAGGUAAAAUAAAGCCAGACAUACAAUUCUCCCCCAAGGAGCUUAGUCACAAAUUUAAUUAACAAUUUUUUUUUUUAACAAGCAUCAUCAGCAUGGAAGCAUCUCCUCUGGAAUGGUGGCCGAAGCCUGAAGGGGCAUAUGAAUGUUUAGCGUAUCUGGCAUGUAAAUACCUUGCAAUGCUGACUACAAAAGUCCGAUGCGAAUGCCUGUUCUCACUUUCUGGUGACAUUGUAAAUAAGAAGUGGGCAGCAUUAUCUCCUGUAAAUGUAAACAAACAUGUUUGUCUUAGCAAAUGGCUGAACAAGAAGUAGGAUUGAGUAGACUUGUAAGUUGUAAAGUUUUGCAUUGUUUUGUCUUUGAGUGCAGUUACGUACCAAAGAAAAUCUACAUUUCUAAGUUGCACUUUCAUGAUUAAAGAGAUUGCACUACAGUACUUGUAUGAGGGUGAAAUGAAAUAAACUAGUUCUUCUAUCGUUUUUGCAGUGCAAAUAUUUGUCAUAAAAAAAGUGAGCGGUGUACACUUUAUAUUCUAUGUUGUAACUGAAAUCAAUAUAUUUGAAAAUGUAGAAAAACAUCCAAAAAUAUUUAAUAAAUUUAAAUUGGUAUUCUAUUGUUUAACAGUGCUAUUAAAACUGCGAUUAAUUGCAAUUAAUUUUUUUGAGUUAAUCACAUGAGCUAACUGCGGUUAAUCAACAGCCCUAAUCUGGAUCUUUACUACCCGGGAGUGCAUGUGCAGAGCUCCCAAAAUGGAGCUUGAUAAAUUUAUGAAUGGGAUUAGAUGAGGUGGUUGCCUGCAGUAGCAGGGCACUGGACUCUAUGACAUCCAUCCCACUCCUAUGUUCCUAUGAUUUCACAUUCAGCUGUUCUUUCAAGAGUCCAGGUGAAGUUUGGCCCAGGAUGUUUUAAGAGUAUGGAUUGAUCAUUUGUUCUUCUCUGUAUCGUGAGUGUAUUAGAUGCAACGCAUCAGUCACUAAUUCUGCAAUCAGUAUGUGGCAUUUUCCAGAAGAUUUUCCUGGUCUAAGAUUUGCAUCAAUUUGGAAUGAGUUCAGUUGCAUUAUAAACAGGAAACGUAAGCCCUUUGCAAAGAGUGUCGGUGGGAAGAGGUAGCUAUUCUGGGCACUGUUUUCUUAGAGUGGGAGACUGAAGUACAGCAUUUGCUAAACACCAACGUAUGAACUCCGUGCUCAAGGGCUGGGUGUAGUGUGCUCAACAGGGAAGCUGCUAAUAACACUUGCUUCAGUUCAGCAUCCACAGUUCUUAUAAAACCAGUGUAAAUAUAAUUACAGGAGCGUUAUGCAGAGUAAGAAUGCACCUAGGACAACUUUUGUCGCCUUCUGCUGUACGUAGUUUCUGCAAUAUUUAGUAGCAUUGAUAAUUCACACACACACAGUAGCCACAUUUGCUUAAUGGCUUCUAGGUUCAGGAUCUAGGCUGUUAAGAAUCCUUUGCUCUUAGGGGAAGAGAGAGAAAAAACGCCCUUAUGCAGAUAGCAGGAAGGGGGAUGAAGAUGCAUUGUGACUUUCCCUAAAUAUUCUCAAACAAAUGUUAUAUUUAAUCCAGAAGAUACUUUAUGUUUUUAAUACAAUGUUCUAUUUAUGAUGAUCAGUCACAGUAAAAAAUGGAAAGAUAUUA